AUGUCCCUGCGCGAGUUCAUCUCCCUGGAUGCGGACGGCGUUCGUCCGAAGGCGCUGAAAGUUGCUGCCAUGAGUUUGGCAGGACCAUUAGCAAUUUUCUUUCAACGAUGUCUGAAGGAGAUGCACGUCCCCACGAUGUGGAAGCACGGAAUCAUCACACCAAUCUACAAAAGUGGUAGCCGUGCUGAACCAGCAAAUUGUCACCCGAUAACACUACUUCCUGUGAUCUCCAAGGUUAUGGAGUUCAUUGUAGCUGAGGCUUUGAUGGGGUACCUAGAGAACAACAAAAUUCUCGUUCCGGAACAGCACCGAUUUCGCCAAAAUCGCUCCUGUACAACUAAGCUGUUGAUUCCGUGUGCAAGCUGGACGGAAUCUGUGGACGCUGGUGCAGGAAUCGACGCGGCCUACUUGGAUUUCUCAAAGGCAUUCGACCUUAUGGACCAUCGCAUUCUCCUCCACAAACUCCAGAAAUAUGGAAUUGGCGAUCCUAUUCUGGGCUGGAUAGGAGACUUUCUCGUGCAACGUCACCUGAAUGUGAGGGUUAGAAGCAACUUGUCGGAAUCCAUCGAACUUCAGCCCGGCGUACCUCAAGGCUCGGUACUUGGACCCUGCCUAUUCCUGGUUUUCAUAAGUGAUCUCGCGAGUGUGCUAUCUUCCAACUGUUUGUUAUUUGCUGAUGACCUAAAUGUAUGA